UCACCACAAGUUCAAGCCAAGGUGACAUUUGCGACCAAUGACGAGCACAGCAACACAUUCGGCAAUAGUACAUCGUCGUCAUUUGGUGAGAGGUUCGUCGAUGAAGACCCAUGGCCGUCUUCGUCCACAUCGAGUGGAACAUCUACUGAGAAUUCGUCGGAUGCUUGGGCGAAUUUCUCGAUGAAAACGAGUGAUUGGCCACCGAAGGGAGUGGAGCACGAUGUGCUGCAAAAUGACGCGAACGGCUGGCCAUCGUUGAGCGGUCAGUCGGAUCAAACACCCUUUCCAACGCAUAUACCCGGUUUGCCAGUAGCCGAUGGCAUUGCUUGUGCAAUCAUUGCAGCACCAGUCAUGGAGAAGUAA